AUGUCAAUCAAUAUGGCUGAUUCGCAAGUUCAAGACAAGAACUCCAACCUUCGCUUAUUAUCACAAACCAUCGCUGUCACCGUCACCCCCCCUCUUCCGAAGAUAACACAUAAAUCCACGGUUGGUGACACCAAAACCUUCCAUAAGUUCGGCAAACUUUCUUUAGAGUUACAAAAGAAGAUUUUUGCGAUGGCACUUCCGGAUUCGCGCAUCAUGACCUUCAGCAUUGAUUUUAUACAAAUUGGCAAAGACCCCGAUAAGGCUUGGUAUGAUCUAUAUUUGCAAAUACCCAGCUUUCCAGGUCCAUUAUUUCUACUGGAAACAUGCAAGACAUCUAAUACAUCAGUCUUUCAUGAUGGUGGAUUCCGAAAGAUUGAGUUUGUGCGUCCAACAAGCGGCGCCGUCGUACCAUUCUUCUCAUGGAGAUGUCCAGUUCAUUACAAGAGUUUGGACCAAGAGAGGCGCACGCAUUUUUAUAUGCGACCUUCUCAGGAUAUCCUCAUGAUGGAUGUGGUGAAAUUGUUUCGCUUUUAUAUGAUAGGUGGAUCAAUCAACCUUAAGAAGCUCACUCAUCUUAUCCUGCGCGGGAGCAUAAUGCAAGCAAUUCAUUGUCGAUUUACAAUCAAACUGCUGAUCAUGAUUCAACGAGAGUGCCCGAAUCUCAAGAGGCUCAGUCUUCUCCGACCCAAUAAAUGCAACCGAAGCGACACCAUUGGCGCCAUUUCCAGAUACCUCGAUAUCAAUGAGACUCUUUACAAGCUGGAUUUCAGAUAUCCUUCUGAUACACCAUUGACGUGGAGGGAAUUUGAAAUACAAAGGUUGAGAGGACACGUUGCGGCAGCGGAGCUUACGACUCGGACAAUAGACAGAAAUCUUAGAAUCAUGGAACAGGAGGGCAAUAAAUAUUGCAUCCCAUUUUGGAAGAAUGUUGAGGUGGUGCCUGUGUUAAAAUGUUGGUCAAGAAAUACUGACGAUGAAUCGGAACUCUGGUUUCCAGUAUUACGGGCUUAUAUCCGCCGUAAUGAUGAUGGAACUCUUGCGACCAAACCAGAAAGAAGACGAAUAAUUCUUUGA